AAAUCCACUAGCUCGCUCGCUCGUUCUCACGACGCAUCGCGACCGUGCGACGCCGCCGUUCUUCCCUCUGUCCUUCCCUCCAGCGACCCGAAGCGACGUCGCCGCCCCCCUCCCUCGAUCGCGAGUGGCACCGCCCACCCGGCCGCCUCCCCAAGCCCUUCCCUCGAUCCGGCCUGCGAGCAACGCCCCUUACCCCGAACCGGCCGCCUCCCUCCGGCAACCGAGGGCCAUGCCCCCUCCCUCGAGCUCUGCUCCACCUCAACGUUCUUUUCCCCUCGGAUCUGAAGAGCUCCUAUCAUCAUCUAUUGAGAUUAAAACAGCACCUGCUGACUUCCGCUUUCCUACAACAAACCAAACCAGGCAUUGUUUUACUCGCUAUGUUGAGUACCACAGGUGUGUGAAUGCCAAAGGGGAAGAAACUGCUGACUGUGAGAAAUUUGCCAAGUACUACCGAUCUCUUUGCCCAGCUGAAUGGGUUGAUAAGUGGAAUGAGCAGAGGGAGAAUGGGACAUUUCCAGGGCCCCUCUAAAUCUUCUGUUUGAGAGUCUCCUCCAGUCUCCGACCAGUCCACUGCUUUCACAUCAGUGCUCCUGCUAUCUUCUGGUUGGAAUUUAUGCUUCUGUCUUGAUCUCUUCCAGGCCAUAGCUGCAAAACAGCAAGUGAUGAUUUCCUCUUAUGUUUCCCUAAUAAUUGAGCAUGCUUAUUCUGUUAUUCAGACAUGCUUUUCACAUGCUUUAAUUGAAGUAUAUUCUGAAAUGAGGUAUUAUUGCUCAAUCUGGUAAUCUAUGCCCGUUCUUGGAC